ACUCGAGCCAGGAACAAUCCCUCCGUAACAUACGAGUCACAACCAAGUUCGUGUGGUGAUCGAAAAUGGUAGAAUUCUCCCUAGCUACGGCGGCGAAUUUCAUUGACGACGACGACGAGCUCGACGAAGAGCCAGGGGAAGUUGUCGAGUCAGCGCCACCUCUGAAAGUGGGGGAGGAAAGAGAAAUUAAAUGUAGCGACGGCACUAGCUUCAAGAAAAAGCUUCUCAAGCGUGGCAAUGAUUGGGAGACACCUGAGUUCGGCGACGAAGUCACUGUUCACUAUGCCGGUAGUCUACUUGAUGGAGCCAAAUUUUAUUCAACUCGGGACGAAGAUCAGCCCUUCACUUUCAAGCUUGGCCAAGGGCUACUUGUUUCUGGCUUGGAUCAUGGGAUCAUUACAAUGAGUAAAGGUGAAACCGCAUUGUUCACAUUUCCUCCCGAACUGGCUUAUGGAGUAGCAGGCACUGAUGGUGUUCCUCCACAUGCUGUAACUCUGUUUGAAGUAGAACUCAUCUCAUGGAUCACAGUGGUAGAUGUUUGCAAGGAUGGUGGUAUUAUCAAGAGGAUUAUGGUGAAGGGGGACUCCACUGGGCCUCCUGGCUAUUUAGAUGAAGUUUUAGUAAGGUACACAGCAAUUGCUGCUGAUGGAAAAAUUGUUUCAAGAACAGCUGAAGAAGGAGUAGAGUUUUACAUCAGAGAUGGUCAUUUUUGCCAAGCAUUGCCUAAAGCAAUUAAGACAAUGAGAAAGGGGGAGAGAGUGAAUUUAAUUGUCCAGCCUCAAUAUGCCCCUGGCGAUGGGGUUAAGGAUUCUACGUGCAGCUUCCCUUUGAGCAUAGAUCUGGAGCUGGUAUCCUUCAAACCUGUUAUAGACGUGACCGGCAAUUUAGGAGUUUUAAAGAAGAUUUUGAAAGAGGGGGAAGGAACUCAGACUGCCAAUGAAGGCGCAGCUGUUAGUAUCAGGUAUUCAGCAAUGCUUGAUGAUGGCAGUUUGUUUGAGAAAAAAGGUUUUGAUGGAGAGGAUCCCUUUGAGUUUACAACAGAUGAAGAACAAGUUGUUACUGGAUUAGACCGAGCUGUAGCUACAAUGAAGGAGGGUGAGCAUGCAAUUGUGACAGUAAAGUCUGAGUAUGGCUUUGGAAGCAAUGCUGUGAAGUGCGACCUUGCAACAGUUCCUCCUUCCUCAACCCUUGUUUUUGAAGUAGAAAUGCUAAAAUUCACAAGGGAAAAGGAACCUUGGGAAAUUAGUAUUCACGAGAGAAUUGAAGUAGCUAAUAGAAAGAAGGAAGAAGGAAAUGUACUCUUCAAACAUGGAAAGUACGAAACAGCAUUAAAGAAGUAUAAGAAGGCUGUGGACUAUGUUAGUGAAGGCGGUCGCUUUGAAGAUAAUGAUCAGAAGCUGAUCAAAUCAUUACAAGUAUCAUGCUGGUUAAAUGGUGCAGCUUGUUGUCUCAAAUUGGAUAAUUUUGGUGAAGCUAUCAAACAUUGUUCAAUGGUCCUUGGUAUCGAGUCUUCAAAUGUGAAGGCACUAUAUAGAAGAGCUCAAUCUUAUAUGAAGACAAAUGAUCUGCACUUGGCUGAAUUGGACAUCAAGAAGUUCCUGGAAAUUGAUCCUGAGAACAAGGAGGUGAAAUUGUUGCAAAAGAAUUUGAAACAACUUCAAGCUGAGAGCAACAAGAGAGAUGCAAAUCUGUACACAACAAUGUUUGCACGCAUGAUGAAUGAAAAUUCUCCAUCUGCAAAGAGAUUAAAAGCUGGGAUAAAGGAUGAUAACAGAGGGGAAGAGGUUAUGGCAAUGGAAAUAGUGGACAAGGAUAAUGUAAAUUCAAAUUCAUCCCCUCUUAGGGAAGAGGCAUAGGAUGCUCCUAUUAGACUAUUAGUCGUUCCAUUUAUUUGUGCAACUUUCGUUUAGGUUAUAUUGGUAGUAUCGUCUCUGUUACUAUCCUACUUAUAUAGUUUAAUAGUUAUAUGCAAAUUGCCAACGUCAAUCACAUUAUUGUGCGUUGAGCAGUCUGUUUGUUUGUAUCUGUCCAGAAAAUUAAAUCCAUUAGUUCAAUCCUAAUUCUAUCUUAUGUGGUGCCACACAGUUUAAAAGAUUUUAUCAAGAUAAAACCUAG